AUAUUUCAUUACAAUUAGUGUUUGUUUGCUUUUCAAUUAUACAAGAAUUUAUAUUAUACUUAAUAUUGUGUUCAAUAAUUAAUAAUGUUUAUUAAAUUAGUUAAUUUAUGGAUUAUUUUGUCAAUAACAGAGUAUACUGUGAAUGCAAUGCAUGUGAAUAGAGGAAAGAUUAUGAGAAAGUAUUGGAAAACUGCUCGAUCCGAUCCCUAUCCUAAACCAUUGCGAGCUCUUCACAAUCCACAGCUAUUUAGUGGUGAUAUAUUCAGAUAUAGGCGUUUUGAAGCAAGAAAUGCUGUUCCUUAUACUUAUUGGCUUUGGCCUAAAGGCGAGAUUCCGUAUUUAAUUGACCCAUCAUUAGAAAAGCAUAAAGGUUUGAUUCUGGACUCAAUGAAUCAAUUCAGUCAACACACGUGUAUUAAAUUUAGGGAAAGAUUAUCGGAUGACAAACAUUAUCUCAGGAUAUUUAAAGGCAGCGGAUGUUAUGCCACUAUUGGUAAGGAUGAGGACAAUCCCGAAAUGGUAUCGUUAGGAGAGGGCUGUUAUUUCUCGGGAACUAUUGUUCACGAACUGAUGCAUACUGUCGGUUUCUACCACGAACAGAAUCGCUCGGAUCGGGACGAUUAUAUAACAAUUCAUUGGCAAAAUAUAAACGAGUUAUACAACGAAGAGUUUAAGAAAUUGCGUCCCGAAGAGAACCAAAUACUGACACCAUUUGACUACAACUCGAUUAUGCUUUACGGACCGCUCUCUUUCAGCAAAGAUGGCCAGUCUAUGACAAUGCAGCCAAAGCAUGAGGGUUUCACCAUGAAGGAGGUCUAUGACAAACCCGGACUCACUGCCAUGGAUGCCAAGGCUAUCAAUUUGCUCUAUAAAUGCCCGUAAUCUCUAUCAAUACUAUUCAUAACACCAUUGUUUCAUUGA